CCUUUACCAUGCUUGUCACAGAUGGCUCCCUGGUGGCUUCCAUCUGGGCAGUGCUCCAUCCUAGGACUCUGCUGCUGGCUGCUGUCACCUUCCUGUUCCUGACCAACUACCUAAAAAACAGGUACCCCAAGAACCAACCUCCAGGGCUCUGGUGCCUGCCCUUUGUGGACAACUUGUUCCAGUUGGAUCUGGAGCAGAAGCAUCUGGUGAUUCAGCCAUUUGUGAAGAUGCAUGGAAACCUAAUUAGCCUGGUUUUUGGUAACAUCCCCUCAGUGAUCCUAACUGGAAUGCCCUUAAUCAAAGAAGUUUUAACUCACAUGGAACAAAACUUUUUGAAACACCCCAUUAUGCCACUCAGAGAAUGUGUCUUUAAAAACAAUGGCUUGGUCUUCUCCAGUGGCCAGACAUGGAAGGAGCAAAGAAGGUUCACACUAAUGACACUCAAGAACUAUGGAUUGCGGAAGAAGAGCUUAGAGCAGCACAUACAGGAGGAGGUCCUCCACCUUGCAGAUGCCAUAGGAGAGGUUGAAGGACAGCCUUUUGACCCUCACUUCAGGAUCAACAAUGCUGUUUCCAAUACCAUUUGCUCCAUCACCUUUAGGGAACAUUUUGGGUAUGAGGACAGUCAGUUUCAGGAGCUGCUGGGGUUAUUACAUGAGGCCACAUGUCUGGAAGCAUCAAGGAUGUGCCUGGAUGAUGAGUUGAUGUUGGAUAACCAAUUGAUGGACUCUUCCUGA